AGAAGCUAGCUCACUUGUUUUGAGAACUACCUACAGUAUCUAGCUAAUCACCAGUGUCUUUAAGCCGUUGUGUACUAGCUAGUUAGCCGAAACUUGUUCAUGUUCCCAUUCAAUAAUGCAGUAUAUAGCAAGCUAACAAUAAGUUCCGCUCCAACACACAACCAUCUACUUAAGGUGCGUUCGUAAAUUUGCUCUAGCUAUACUCCAAUUUCGGAACAGUCUCGUUAGUGCCAGACAGAGCGCCGAAUAACUGAUGAAUUUACGAACGCUCAACACCCGUUGAAUAUACCCGGUGUCAGUAAACGUCGUCAAAGCGUAAUUAAAUUGCUGCCAGCAACACAGUUAGUCGCCAACACUCUGGAUAACAUGGAACCAGCUCUGCUAGGCAUGGAUGAAAAGCCUGGGUCAUCAAGUGCUAUGGCAGCAGACAGCUCUGUCGAUGUGAUGGCGGAGGCAAAGAAGCUGAUCGGCGCUGGGAACAGGCACCUGGUGAUGGGAGAUGUCGUUUCUGCAGUCCAUGUGUUCCAGGAGGCUUGUGGCAUGCUGGCUGCGCGGUAUGGGGACACUGCAGAUGAGUGUGGAGAGGCCUUCUUCCUGUGUGGGAAGUCUCUACUGGAGCUUGCCAGGGUAGAGAACACUGUCCUUGGUAAUGCUCUUGAGGGAGUCCCUGAGGAGUCGUCUGAGGAGGAAGGUGAGGGAGAGACGCCGGACAACUCAAAGUUUGAGAGCGCUGACAACUUGGAAGACAAAACAAGGGACGAGCUUCGAAUGCAGGUUUAUGAUGCGAUGGCAGAGAACAAAACAACUAAUGGGGAGGACGGCAAAGCUGAGCCAAAGGAGGAAGGGAAAAGUGAAUCUGAGGCAGUUGCAGAUGGGAAGAAAGAAACCAUGGAAAUGGAAGCAAAGGAAGAGGGCGCUGCCAAGUCUCCUGCCAAGAACGGGCGUGAUGAGAAGUCUAAGCCUCCUGUGGAUGGGGUGGAGGAGACUCUUUUUGCUCCUGAAGAUGAAGCUAGAAAAGAUAAGGAAGCUGGGCAAGAGGAAGCUGUGAAGGAGAUUGUCAUGAAGGCUUCUGAAGAGCAGAAUGGGAAUGAAGAGGAGACUGUGGAGGAGAAGAUGGAGGAAGAGGAUGAUGAUGACGACGACGAUGAUGAAGGGGAAGGCACUGCUGAAGACAAAGAGGAGGAAGUGGGUAACCUGCAGCUGGCUUGGGAAAUGCUGGAGGUCGCCAAGGUCAUCUACAAAAGAAAGGAGAACAAGGAGGACCAGUUGAUGGCUGCUCAGGCCUAUCUGAAGUUAGGAGAAGUUGGAGCAGAAUCUGGUAACUACCCUGCAGCUGUGGAGGACUUCCAGGACUGCCUGUCCCUGCAGCUGAAGCACUUGCCCCCCCACAGCCGCCUGGUGGCCGAGACCCACUACCAGCUUGGCAUGACCUACUGCAUCACAGGCCAAUACAGCCAGGCCAUCCAGCACUACAGCAGCUCUGUCAAAGUCAUCGAGAGCCGCCUGGCCAUGCUCCAGGAGGUGAUAGACAAGGCGGAAGGUGAAGACGGAGCUAAAGAGAAGACGGAGCUGGAGGAGCUGAAGCAGCUGCUGCCUGACGUCGCUGAGAAGGUAGAGGAUGCCAAGGAGAGCCAGAGUAUGGCAGGAUCAGCCUCUGUGGCCAUACAGCAGACCCUGGCUGGAGCUUCUACUUUGUCAGCAUUCCCAUCCUCUUCCUCAUCAGCAUUUGCAGAAAGCGGUGGACCUUCAUCUUCCUGUUCAUCAGCAUUCGGAACCAGUCAGAUCCCUGUCAGAUCGGCAGCCGAUGGCGCAUCCUCCUCCAAAUCUGCAUCAGACAUUUCCCACCUGGUCAGGAAAAAGAGGAAAACUGAGGAGAGCCCCGUAAAGGACACUGAUGCUAAAAAGACCAAGCAGGAAACUACAGUUAAUGGCAGCGGCGAUUCCGGCUCUGGCAGCAAUGGAGUCCAGGAGAAAGGGGCACAGGAGCCCGGCAAGCUGUCCGCCUCUGUGGAAUCCUCGGUGUGAUGUAAGCUUCCUCUUCCUGAUCUUCCAGCCAGCAGAGCAGGCCUGCCCCUUAUGCCCAUUUACACUUUUGUUUCUGUAAAUAUGACAAUUUUUCACAUUUGUUUGUCUAGUUUUUGUAUACUUGUUGUAAUAAAAGUUCAUUAGAGUAUUUGCAAA